AUGCAGCAAGAGACGCCCCAUGCAGAGCUUGUCAUCUACAAAAUGUGUGGUGAAGUCGUCUCCUGCUUGGCUGAGCACGACCUUUCAGCGAUUAUGGAGGCUCAUGGCAAUUCCAUGGAGGCACUGAAGCUGUUCUUGAUGCGCACUCUCGGCUUGUCCAGAUUUCGACAACACUUGAUUCAUGAAAAUAAGGUUGUGCAAGAUGUCGAUGUGCUGUCGGCAUUGAGCCUUCCAGCAAGCUUGCAGUUGGUCAUUCUGCCUUUUCUCCCUGCCACAUUCGACGAUCGAAUGCAGAUGCAGUCGGCGGCCGAGACGGAUAAUGUUGCUGCCAUGCAGUCGCUUCUCGAGCGGCGUGUCGACCCCGACCUGAAAAUGAACACGGGGCGAGGCAGAGCUCUCCACAUCGCAACCACCUUUGACAGCCUGCGCUGUGUCUUGUGCCUUCUCCACGCGGGUGCAAAGUCUUCUUGCCUGGACGAAGACGGCAGGACAGCUUUGUGGCACGCCGCUGCCAUGGGCAACAGUGGCAUUGCGCGGGCAUUGGUCGACGGUGGCGCCCGGAUGGACGCAGCAAACAACGGGGGGGAGUAUCCAUUGUGCGUUGCAUGUCGGAGAGGCCAUCUCGACGUAGUCCAAGUCUUGCUGGAGACUGAACCGCUCUUGCAGCACAUGCAUCCAAACUUCGUCGAGGAUAUGGGGAGCACCCAAGCUCUGCAUAUGGUGUCCAAGCUUGGCGACACACGCUGUCUCCGGAUUUUGCUUCAGGCCAGGGCAGAUGUGCAGGCAAAAGACGAGGAUGGCAAGUCGGUGUUGUGGAACGCUGCUGAGAUAGGUCGCAUGGAUGUUGUUCGUUUGUUGCUUGAGGCCGGUGCCGACAAAGAUUCGAUGAGAGAGCAUCCGCUUUCAGGACAUUGGGAUAUCGUUCAGUACCUCAUCCAGGAGGAGCGCGCUGAUGUUGACAGAUCAGAUGUCACAGGCAAUGCUAUGGUGUGGGAAGCCGCUCGGCUGGGUGACGCGGGCAUUGUCCGUCUUUUGGUCGAGGCAGGUGCGAGCCCCAACAUCAACAGAACCAGCGACUCGAGCAGCAUCCCAAGCGUGUGGGCUUCACAGGCUUCCGUACCCUGUUGCACUGACAUGGACCAGGGGCUGGGUGACCAAAACUUGGACUCACUCCAGCGCCUCUACGGCAUUGCAUUCCCCAACGACAAGCUGCUCAAGGAGUACAAGAAGUUCCAGGAAGAAGCUGCAAAGCGUGAUCAUAGGAACAUCGGCAAGGCCCAGGAGCUCUUCAUGUUCCAUCCGGUGAUGUCACCGGGAAGCUGCUUCUGGUUCCCUCCCGGCGUAAGGAUCUACAACAAGCUCAUGGACUUCAUGCGCUCGGAGUAUCGCCUGCGCGGCUUCUCUGAAGUCGUGACGCCCAACAUGUACGACGCACGAUGUUUCAUGACGUCAGGACACUACCAGAACUACAAGGAUGACAUGUACAGCUUGGAUGUGGAGAAGCAAGAGUGGAUGCUGAAGCCCAUGAACUGCCCUGGACAUUUCCUCAUGUUCGAUGCGCGGGUCAGGAGCUACAAGGAGCUGCCACUCCGCUUUGCUGAUUUCGGUGUCCUGCAUCGCAAUGAGGCUUCGGGAGCUCUCACGGGCUUAACGCGUGUCCGGCGAUUUCAGCAAGAUGAUGCGCACAUCUUCUGUCGCCCAGACCAGAUCAAGUCUGAGGUGUCAGGUGCCUUGGAUUUCCUAGACUUUGUGUACAAGAUUUUCGGAUUCAAGGCAGGGGCCCCGAGAGGCCUGAGAUUCUGCGGAGCUCCUUUGCCCAUCUUUGCCCCCCAUGUCCAAAUACCAGGCCAAAGAAGGCGCUGGGCUCCAAGGAAAUCUGGGACAACGCAGAGGUCCAGCUCAAGGCCGCUUUAG